ACACUGUUAUUUCGUUGCAUACGUGCGUUGAAUUAGGUUUUUAAAUUGGGCCAUAAAAUGUGCUAGAAAACCACGCACGUUAUCACUCUUUGAUAGCCAUGAUGAUAUUUUGUUUGGCCUUUAGACACAUGUCUUAGAUUAUGUUGAACCUAUCUUGUUAUUUUAUUUACUCACUGAGAUUUAAUUUACUCUUUUGUGCUGUCAGGAUUUUUUUGCAUUUCAUCAUGUUUUGAGUAUUUCCAUUCAAUGCUACGUUUAGCUAAUUAGAAUUAGAAUUCUCCCGUUUGUAUUCCUUAGAACAUAGUUUGACCAACUUAAAUAGUAUUGCUUGGAUUAAACCAAACAUCACUAAUAACAUAAUGUAUUCUGAAUUGAUCCAUUACCUAAAUACCUAAAAAUACUCAUCAUGCAGAUAAACGCAGUUAUGGAAAAGUCACUCAAAAUAAAAGACUAUCGUAUUAUUCUUUGUCUCUAAAAGCCACACUGUCCCACCCUGUCUGCAUGUCGGGCUUUAUGUUUGGCAUGUGCACUUCAUGGCACAGCAGCGCUCUCUAGCGGCCGGCAGGGACGCACAAUGCCUGUGAUGACUGGGCCACAGUAACGGGACAGCAGCUUAACCAUCAGUCCCAGUUGGGAGCGGUGAUGGAUUAACAAUAACGCACCAGUGUCUUAAACUCUACUCGUUUCUAUUCUGCGGUUGUUGUUGUUUUUUACAUUUAUUUGAAACCUCCCGCGCAGUUCGCUUUGGACUAAUUGAAAAUACGCUCGACUUUUGCAUCAAUUAAACAACACCGGCUUCUUGUUCGCGUCCGUCAUGGCGAUCGCGCACGUAGCCACCGAAUACGUUUUUUCCGAUUUUUUGUUGAAGGACCCCACCGAGGCCAAGUACAGAGGCGUGCGUCUGGAGCUGGCGGUGGACAAGAUGGUCACGUUUCUGGCGGUGGGACUGCCUUUGUUUCUCAUCUCCCUCGCUUUCGCUCAAGAGGUGUCAGUGGGUACACAGAUCAGUUGCUUUGCUCCAACUAACUUCUCUUGGAAACAGGCCGCAUACGUGGACUCGUUUUGUUGGGCAGCUGUACAGCAACAAAGUGACAGCUCGCCGCUAUGGCUGCACAAGUUCUUCCCAUACAUCCUGCUCUUACUGGCCAUCCUCAUGUACAUCCCGGCACUGUUCUGGCGUUUCUCUGCAGCUCCUCACCUCUCCUCUGACCUGAACUUCAUCAUGGAGGAGCUGGACCGCUUUUAUAAUCGAGCCAUCAGAAUGGCCAAGAAUCUAGCAGCCUUAGAUAGCAAAGCUGCAUCCGAGGACACCCAGAGUGUUUUGGAUCUGAACGACAGUUGCUUCAAGUACCCUUUGGUGGAGCAAUAUCUAAAAACCAAGCGCUUCUCUCGCUGCCUCGUGGUGAAGUACCUAUCAGGUCGGGGCCUGACUCUGCUGACCCUCCUGCUGGCCUGCGUCUACCUAGGCUACUACAUCCAACUCGCCUCCCUCACCGACGAGUUUUCCUGUAACCUGCGUACCGGGGUGCUGAAGAACGACAGCACGGUGCCGUCCGCUGUGCAGUGUAAGCUGGUUGCAGUGGGAGUCUUCAGGCUGCUCAGCUACAUCAACCUGGGGGUCUACGUGCUUCUGGCUCCGCUGGUGGUGUACGCUGCUCUCGGACCAGCUCGCCAGAGCUCCAGCUUUCUCCGGCCUUACGAGCUGCUGCCGGGCUUUGGCGCUUUGGGUUUGGUCACGCCCUUCUACAACGACCUCAGUAUCUACCUGCUGUUCCUGCAGGAGAAUUUGAGCGAACUGAAAUCAUACAAGUGUCUGCAGGUGCUUGGGUUGUUGCAAGAGGCUGGUGACGAGGGUUUCGACACCAUGUGCCUGCUGCGAACUCUGGGUCAGGUGAAGACUGACGUGAUAGACAGUGAGAAGACGUGCUCACGCAAGAACAACAAAGAAACUACUAAAGCUGAGGAAUGAUUCCUCUGAGCAAAGGAAUGAGAUCUGCUGCGGUGGAAAAGAAGAUCAGUGAGAAAACCUGUGCACUUACAUUUUCUAUGAAUUGCUGGUGACGUAUUGCCUUACAGCAGUUUAAUACACAUCAAAAACAGAGGCCUCCAUACAUGCACACAGUCUGUAGUUUGGCCAGAGGACAUUCUAUUUAUCCGAUGUCUUAUUUUUAAUAAAUGUGAUUAUUCCAAGUUUUAGGCGAUAGGCUGCUGACCCUUUACGCUGUUUCUUUUUCUAUGGUAGAUGCUACUUUUCUCUUACCUGAUAUCAGACAGAAUUGUCAGUUGUUUCUAAUUGUAACACUGUGGAGCCGGCAGAUUCAAAAGUCUGGACCGAGCAUAAUAUCAACAUUAAUUGUUUGGUAAUAUAAGAACCUCUAGAGCAGCCGUGUCUCGACUGUAAACAUGCCUUUAUUUAUGCAUAGAUGUGCUGUUAACAACAGGUGGUAUACUGCAUGUUGAAAGUAAAACAAGACCGUGGGUUGUCCAGACAGAUGGAGAGAUGGCAGCUGUUCCUUUCAUAUGAAAGAUGGAUGAAGUUUCUUAGAGGAAACAGAAUGCCAAUAACACUGGUCUGAUUUAACCGAUGCAGCUUUAGUUGGCCUUAUACAAUGACGUUAGUUGUUUCCCUUUAUAUAAUUUAUGUGAAGUUUAAGUCUAAUCUGAAUGAAUUCCAUUUCACGCUUCUUGUAAAAUAUAUUAAUUUCCAGAAUACUUGUGACCAGGGAACUAGAAAGGUCUGUACAUAAUGCAAACAACUGCCUUGCAAUAAAUACGAUACCUAAAAGGUAAUUGUGAAUUGA